UGGUGGUAAUGUAUUUUCGACUAAAGGGUUUAAAAAUUGGUACAGAAAGGAUAGCUUGCUAACGCACGUUGGUCCACCAAAUAGUGUUCAUAAUCAAUCAAAAAGAAUGUGUGAAGAUCUAAUGCGAGAAGAACAAUCGAUUCAGGCUGCAUUUUAAAAGUUGGAUGAUAAGGUAAGCAUGAAUAUUGGGUUCGCUUAAAUGCUUAAAUCGAUGUGGUACGACUUCUCUUGAAUCAAGGUUUGGCACUUCGCGGUCAUGAUGGGAGUGAAUCGUCAUUGAACACAGGUAAUUUUCUUGAAGUUCUUUCAUGGUACGCGGAUAAAUGUGAUCAAAUUCAACCUUAUGUGUUAGGAAAAGCUCCAAAAAAUAAUAAAAUGACUUCUCAUGAUAUCCAGAAAGAUAUUGUGAGUGCUUGUAAGAUUGAAACAAUUAAGGCUAUAAUAGAGGACUUAAAUGGUGACUACUUUGCUCUAUUGGUUGAUGAAUCUAGAGAUGUGUCACGCAAAGAGCAAAUGGCUAUUUGUUUACGAUAUGUUGAUAAAAGGGGAUUUGUGAUGGAGGCAUUUAUUGGACUUGUUCAUGUUAAAGAUACUAGUGCGUUAUCUCUAAAGAAAGCAAUUGUGGAUGUACUCGCUCACCAUUCUUUAACGUUAUCUUCUGUACGGGGGCAAUGUUAUGAUGGGGCAAGCAAUAUGCAAGGUGAGCUAGGUGGUCUUAAAACGUUGAUCAAACAAGAAAGUAGAUCGGCUCAUUCCGUUCAUUGUUUUGCUCAUCAACUUCAACUAACUCUUGUUGCGGUUUCUAAAAAGUGUGUUCAAGUGGGAGAACUUGUACUCUUGGUUUCAAAUGUUUUGAAUGUGUUGGGAGCUUCUUUUAAACGUGUGGAUGGAUUUCGAGAAUCUCAAAAACAAAAACUCGUGGAAGCAUUAGAUAUGGGUGAGCUAGAAAUGGAUAGAGGCCUGAAUCAAGAACUUGGCCUUAUUAAAGCCGGUGAUACUCGUUGGGGAUCUCACUACAAGUCGUUUGGAAACUUUAUUAGUAACUUUGCCUCUAUUGUUGAUGUACUUGAUGCUCUUGUUGUAAAUGCAAGUACUCCGGAUGAAAGAGCUAGUGCAUCGGGAUUUCUUAGAAGUUGUCAAACAUUUGAGACUGUUUUCUUGUUGCAUUUGAUGACUGAUGUUUUAGGAAUCACAUAUGAUCUUAAUGUGUCAUUACAGCAAAAGGAACAAGAUAUUGCAAAUGCCAUAAUUCUUGUUAAGGUUUUCAAUCUUCUACAAGAACUCAAUGAGCGUUUCAAUGAGGUGAUUAGUGAUUUGCUUAAUGGAGUAGCUUGCUUGAAUCCAAUUGAUUCAUUAUCUAGUUUUGACAUAAAAAAGAUAGUGAGAAUGACUGAAUUAUAUCCUGAUGACUUUGAUGGAUUUAGCAUGAGGGCCCUUGAGAAUCAACUUGCUAAUUACAUUAUUGAUGUUUGUGCUAUUGACAAAAGGUUCUUCAAUUUAGGUGGACUUGGGGAACUUUCAAGAAAGUUAGUUGAGACAAAGAAGCAUUUAAACUAUUCUCUUGUAUUCCUUUUGGUGAAGUUUGCUUUGCUUCUACCAAUUGCGACUGCAACAGUUGAAAGAGCUUUUUCAGCGAUGAAGUUUAUCAAGAAUGACUUGCAGAAUCGAAUGGACGAUGAAUUCUUAGAUGGUUGCAUAGUACCUUAUGUGGAAAAAAAAGUAUUUAAAGAUGUUUCUAAUGAGUGUAUUAUAAAAACAUUUCAAGGGAUGAAGACUCGUCGAGUGCAAUUGUAA